GUGACGUUUUACACAUCGGGUUGCAGACAAGUAAAGAGCGAUUGUUACAUAAGUGGUUGAGCAGUAUUUACUAUUAGGCCGUACUUGUCUUUUAUCCUGGCAGUAAAUCAAGUUUUAAGAAUAUUAACACAUCAUAACUAGAAGAUCUGUUAAAAAAGAAAUCAUGUCUAUAUACAGAAGUACUGUUUGGUUUGUGAAAGGACUGAAAGAAUAUACUAAACAAGGAUACCUAAAUGCUAGUAGAAGUUUCCGACCAAAUGACCUUGAUGUAGAUGUCACUGGUAAAAGUUUUAUGAUAACAGGAGCUAACAGUGGGAUAGGGAAAUGUACUGCUCUAGCCAUUGCUAAAAAAGGUGGGACAGUACAUAUGGUAUGUAGAGACUCAGUAAGAGGAGAAGAUGCCAGAAAAGAAAUAACAGAAGCAACAGGAAACCAGAAUAUAUUCUUACAUCUACUGGACAUGUCAAAGCCAAAAGAUAUUGCAAAGUUUGCUACAGACUUUGAAACCUCUGGAAAAAACUUAGAUGUUUUGAUAAAUAAUGCAGGCUGUAUGGUUAUUAUAAGGGAGUUAACAGAUGAUGGACUGGAGAAAAAUUUUGCUACAAAUACCUUAGGAGCACACGUUUUAACAACAUCUCUGUUAUCUGUGCUGAACAAGGCUGAAAAACCAAGAGUGAUAUUGGUAACAUCUGGUGGCAUGUUAGUACAGAAGUUAGAUCUAAAGGACUUACAGUUUGAAAAGAUGUAUCCAUUUGAUGGCACCAUGGCUUAUGCACAGAAUAAACGACAACAAGUUAUAAUGACAGAACAGUAUGCUAAAAAGUAUCCUAAUAUACACUGUUCAUGUAUGCAUCCAGGAUGGGCUGAUACUCCAGCUGUCAGAAUGUCGAUGCCAAGUUUUCAUGCUAAGAUGAAGGACAGGUUAAGGACACCAGAACAAGGUGCAGAUACACUUCUAUGGUUAGCCAUAUCAGAUGCAGCCAUUAAACAACCUAGUGGAUUAUUUUUUCAAGAUCGUACAUCAGUAUCAAAACAUCUACCAUUAGCAUGGUCCAAAUCUACAAAACAAGAAGAUGAACAACUUAUGUCUGCCUUAGAUGAAUUAUCAAAACAGUAUUCUACGCUCUCAUAAUAUUUUAUAUUUUUAAAAUGUGAAUCAGUGUUUUGACUUGUUGUAUUAAUUGUUACAUGUUUUUAAAUAUGAAUGGCAAAGUUUGUUACUUUUUAAUUUAAAAAAAAGACUUUGUAAUUGUGAUUUACCUUUAAAUAUUUGAUUUACAAACUUAAUAUAUGUUUAAUAUUUUAAUUACCAAUACAGCAUUAUAUUUAAUCACAUUUCUUUUAUGAAUUUAAGUCAUGGUCAAAUUUAAAAAAAACUGAUUUUAAAGUUGACAUUAUCUUAUAUAUCUCUCUUUUCAUGAUAUGAAUUGAAUAUGAUUAGUUUUAACAUGCAUCCAUGUAUUUGUAAAAAAGAUUAAUGUUACAUGUAUAUUAACAUUUAAAUUUUACAUUUUUCGCGUAAUUUUAUAGCGGCAAUAUUUUAUAUAGAUAAGUAUUUUAUCAAUUUUAAAAUCAUUGUGACAAUCUUUAUAUGUUUAAGUUUUUUUUAAUAGUAAUUUAUCAAACCACAUUGAUUGCAAUGUUUUUUUUUUUUAUCAUAUCAUACAACUAAAGGUCAUAUUGCAGUUUAUGGAUGGUUUUUAGUCUAGAAUGACAUCAACUAUUCCUUAUAUUAUACUUAAAUACUACAAGUUUUCAAACAAAAUAGUAGGAUUGUAUUUUACCAAGCAUUUUUAGAAAAUCAAGAACAAUUUUGUUCUUGGUUGGUGCAUCUAUUUUACUUACCUACCUCAAUUGUUUUUAAUUGGUUUAUAUUUAGUGUCAUCAUUGAUGUUUAUAAUUGUAUGCUAUUAAUUGUUUUAUCGCUCUUUUUAUAUUUAUUAAAUGUUAUCAUUAAAUUAUAACAUAUGUUGUAUAAAGAUUAUAAUAAACAGCUGAAAGCA